AUCUAGUGCUUCUACUGGUGUUCAGAUUAGGGUCGGAAACACUAUCCAAAAAUAACCUUCUGAAACACAUACCAGCUAAUUGCGUCCAACUUCCAGAGCUCGGCCAAAGUCCCCAUUGUACUUUUGUUUAGGCUGUUAAAUGAAUGGAAUUACUGUUAUUCCUGACCAGUGAUAAAUAGAUCAUAUAUCAAACUUUCCAGUUUAUAAACACUGAUCUAUAGUUCACUAGUUAAAAAUCAUCCUGAUACACAUGUUGGCAUGGGUGAGUUCUGAGGUUCCAGUUGGCCUAUCUUAUCUUUCAUUUUACUAUCAGCUGACAACUGCAUGCCUUUCCAGUUGGAUAACACUUAUUCCAUAUACCAAGACCGGCAGUUACAGCUACAGUUAAACGAGUCUCAACAUGGACUUCAUCUGGAAAGUAACCCUUCUCAGUGUUUUCACCGUCUCUGGGCAAGGCAAAGUGCUGACAGGGAGCUUUUGGCACAUCACAGACCUCCACUGGGACCCGACCUACAGUUUAAAUGGGAACUCAGCAUCAGUUUGUAACUCAAGUGGGAAUCGUCCUACUCCUGAUGCAGGGAAAUUUGGAGACUAUCUCUGUGAUUCACCGUGGGAUCUCAUUAAUUCAUCAAUGCAUGCCAUGAGGGAUAUCCUGCCUGAUCCAGACUUCAUCAUUUGGACAGGAGAUGAUACACCUCAUGUGCCUAAUGAGGACCUGGGAGAAGAAGCAGUGCUGAGAAUAAUAGGAAACCUAACCCAAAUCAUAAAAGAGCUGUUUCCUUCCACCAAAGUAUACUCAGCUCUGGGCAAUCAUGACUACCAUCCAAAGAGUCAGCUGCCACCUGAGCAAAACAGCAUCUAUGAACAAAUACAAAAACAGUGGGAAAGCUGGCUGGAUCCUGCAUCCAGAGAUACAUUUAAAAAAGGUGGAUAUUACACAGAGAAACUUCUGAAUCAGACUGGUCUCAGGGUUUUGGUUCUCAACACUAAUCUGUAUUAUGACCAAAACAAAAUCACAGAAAAUAUCAAUGAUCCAGCAGACCAGUUUAGAUGGGCAGACCAAGUGCUUUCUGAAGCAGCAAAGAACAUGGAAAAGGUAUACAUCGUUGGCCAUGUUCCCCCUGGAUUUUUUGAGAAGAAGCGACACAAGCCGUGGUUUCGCCCGCAGUUCAAUAAACACUAUUUGGAGCUAAUUCAGAAGCACCAUGAUAUCAUUAUUGGCCAGUUUUUUGGUCAUCACCACACUGACAGCUUUCGACUGUUCUACGAUAAAGCAGGAAUUCCAAUAAGUGCCAUGUUCCUGACUCCUGGAGUUACACCUUGGAAAACAACACUGCCUGGAGUGGAUGAUGGAGCAAAUAACCCUGGCAUUCGAGUGUUUGAGUACGAUGAAAAAACACUUUUGGUUAAGGACAUGAUAACCUACUACCUGAACCUGACACAUGCAAACAUUGCGCGAGCACGCUGGGAGAAGGAGUAUCGUUUGACUGAGGCUUUCGGAGUACCAGAUGCGUCUCCAGCAUCUAUGCAUCACGUUUUGGAACAGAUAGCAGGAGAUAACUGCUACCUGCAGAAGUACUAUGACUUCAACUCUGUGAACUACGACAGGACAGCAUGUGGUGCAGACUGCCGUGUUGACCAUGUGUGUGCUAUGAGAGAGGUGGACUUUGAUGCCUAUGAGCUCUGUGUGGUGAAGGAGGGAGCAUCCUCUGCUGCCCCAGCACUGCUAACUGUGGCUUUAGCAGCAACUCUAGGCAUGUGGGCGAGCUACUAAUUCUUUUGAAGUGCUGUCUGUGUUACACACACCCUUCUUCCAUUCUUUCAUUCCUGCAAAUCAUGGAAUUUCUCCUACUUUGGAGGUGAAAGCAAAAGCAUCCAAUCAUUAGUUUUCAUUAGUUAUACAUGUAAAAUCCUUUGACUGUUAUAUGAACAAGAGCUUUCUGUUUUGCUGCAUGAGAUUGAUUUAAAACCUUUUAAUUUUGAAAACAUAAACCAUAUUACUUAUACAUAUCUUCAGUACAAACACCUUUUAUCCCUAAUGUCACCAAUGCAUUAUUUAUGGUUUGAAUCUGGCAUUUGUUUGUUAUAUUGUGUCAACAUUUCAAGACAAAUGGACUAAAAACUCAAAACUGCCUUGGAAUAAAAUCACUUUUUACAUUGAA